UUCAGCGCCCGGUCAGGCGGAAGCGGCCGCCGCCGCGGAGGAGGAGGAGGAGGAGGAGGCAGCUGUCCGCGCCCGGGCGCCCGCGGUGGCACGAGCCCGCGGCCCGAGUGCGAGGCGGAGGCGAGGAGGCCGCGGGGACGCGAGGCGAGGCCGGCCGGGGCCCCCGCAGCCAUGGAGAACGCUCACACAAAGACGGUGGAGGAGGUGCUGGGCCACUUCGGCGUCAACGAGAGCACGGGGCUGAGCCUGGAGCAGGUCAAGAAGCUCAAGGAGAGAUGGGGUUCCAACGAAUUACCGGCAGAAGAAGGAAAAACCUUGCUGGAGCUUGUGAUUGAGCAGUUUGAAGACUUACUAGUUAGAAUUUUAUUGCUGGCAGCGUGCAUAUCUUUUGUUUUGGCUUGGUUUGAAGAAGGUGAAGAAACAAUUACAGCCUUUGUAGAACCUUUUGUAAUUCUGCUUAUAUUAGUAGCCAAUGCAAUUGUGGGUGUAUGGCAGGAAAGAAAUGCUGAAAAUGCAAUAGAAGCUCUUAAAGAGUAUGAACCUGAAAUGGGCAAAGUUUAUCGACAGGACAGAAAGAGUGUACAGCGAAUUAAAGCUAAAGACAUAGUACCUGGGGAUAUUGUAGAAAUUGCUGUUGGCGACAAAGUUCCUGCUGAUAUAAGAUUGACUUCCAUCAAGUCUACAACUCUAAGAGUUGACCAGUCAAUUCUCACAGGUGAAUCUGUUUCAGUCAUCAAACACACUGACCCUGUCCCUGACCCACGAGCUGUCAAUCAAGAUAAAAAGAACAUGCUAUUUUCUGGUACAAACAUUGCUGCUGGGAAAGCUAUGGGAGUCGUGGUGGCAACUGGAGUUAAUACUGAAAUCGGCAAGAUCCGGGAUGAAAUGGUUGCAACAGAACAGGAGAGAACACCCCUACAGCAGAAGUUAGAUGAGUUUGGGGAGCAGCUUUCCAAAGUUAUCUCCCUCAUUUGCAUUGCAGUAUGGAUCAUAAACAUUGGACAUUUCAAUGACCCAGUUCAUGGGGGCUCUUGGAUCAGAGGUGCCAUCUACUACUUUAAGAUUGCAGUGGCCCUGGCUGUUGCUGCCAUCCCCGAGGGUCUACCUGCUGUCAUUACCACCUGCUUGGCUCUUGGAACUCGAAGGAUGGCAAAGAAAAAUGCUAUUGUUCGAAGUCUGCCUUCUGUGGAGACCCUUGGUUGUACUUCUGUUAUCUGCUCAGACAAAACAGGCACACUUACCACAAACCAGAUGUCAGUCUGCAGGAUGUUCAUUUUGGACAAAGUUGAAGGUGAUUCUUGUUCCCUUAAUGAGUUUACCAUAACUGGAUCAACAUAUGCACCUAUUGGAGAAGUGCAUAAAGAUGACAAGCCAGUGAAAUGCCAUCAGUAUGACGGGCUUGUAGAGUUAGCAACAAUCUGUGCUCUGUGUAAUGACUCCGCUUUGGAUUAUAAUGAGGCAAAGGGUGUGUAUGAGAAAGUUGGAGAAGCUACAGAGACUGCUCUCACUUGCCUGGUAGAGAAGAUGAAUGUAUUUGAUACCGAACUGAAGGGACUUUCUAAAAUAGAACGUGCAAAUGCCUGCAAUUCGGUCAUUAAACAGCUGAUGAAGAAGGAAUUUACUCUAGAGUUUUCACGCGAUAGAAAAUCAAUGUCUGUCUAUUGUACACCAAACAAACCGAGCCGGACAUCCAUGAGCAAGAUGUUUGUGAAGGGUGCUCCUGAAGGUGUCAUCGACAGAUGCACCCAUAUCCGAGUUGGAAGUACCAAGGUCCCCAUGACUCCUGGUGUCAAACAGAAGAUUAUGUCUGUCAUUCGGGAGUGGGGCAGUGGCAGCGACACACUGCGCUGCCUGGCCUUGGCUACUCAUGACAACCCGCUAAGGAGAGAAGAGAUGCACCUGGAAGACUCUGCCAACUUCAUCAAAUAUGAGACCAAUCUGACUUUCGUUGGCUGUGUGGGCAUGCUGGAUCCUCCCAGGAUCGAAGUGGCCUCUUCAGUGAAGCUGUGCCGGCAAGCAGGCAUCCGAGUCAUCAUGAUCACUGGGGACAACAAAGGGACUGCUGUGGCCAUCUGUCGCCGCAUUGGCAUCUUUGGGCAGGAUGAGGAUGUGACAUCAAAGGCUUUUACAGGGCGGGAGUUUGAUGAACUAAGCCCCUCAGCCCAGAGAGAUGCCUGUUUAAAUGCCCGGUGUUUUGCUCGAGUUGAACCUUCUCACAAGUCUAAGAUCGUUGAGUUCCUUCAGUCUUUUGAUGAGAUCACAGCUAUGACAGGUGAUGGUGUGAAUGAUGCCCCUGCUCUGAAGAAAUCUGAAAUCGGAAUUGCCAUGGGCUCAGGUACCGCAGUGGCCAAGACUGCCUCUGAGAUGGUCCUGGCAGAUGACAACUUCUCCACCAUUGUGGCUGCUGUGGAGGAGGGCCGAGCUAUCUACAACAACAUGAAGCAGUUCAUCCGCUACCUCAUUUCAUCCAAUGUUGGGGAAGUGGUCUGUAUCUUCCUGACGGCAGCCCUUGGGUUUCCUGAGGCUUUAAUUCCUGUCCAGCUACUCUGGGUCAAUCUGGUGACAGAUGGUCUGCCCGCCACUGCACUGGGGUUCAAUCCUCCGGACCUGGAUAUCAUGAACAAGCCUCCCCGGAACCCAAAAGAGCCACUGAUUAGCGGAUGGCUCUUUUUCCGUUACCUGGCUAUUGGCUGUUACGUUGGUGCUGCAACCGUGGGUGCUGCUGCAUGGUGGUUCAUCGCUGCCGAUGGUGGUCCUAGAGUAUCCUUCUACCAACUGAGUCAUUUCCUACAGUGUAAAGAGGACAACCCAGACUUUGAUGGAGUGGAUUGUGCAAUCUUUGAAUCCCCAUACCCAAUGACAAUGGCACUUUCUGUUCUUGUAACCAUAGAGAUGUGUAAUGCCCUCAACAGCUUGUCUGAAAACCAGUCCUUGCUGAGGAUGCCCCCCUGGGAGAAUAUCUGGCUUGUGGGCUCUAUCUGCUUGUCCAUGUCACUUCACUUCUUGAUCCUCUACGUUGAACCUUUGCCGCUCAUCUUCCAGAUCACACCGCUGAAUCUGACCCAGUGGCUGAUGGUGCUGAAAAUCUCCUUGCCUGUGAUCCUCAUGGAUGAGACACUCAAGUUUGUGGCCCGAAACUACCUGGAACCCGGUAAAGAGUGUGUGCAGCCUGCCACCAAAUCCUCCUGCUCGCUGUCGGCAUGCACCGAUGGCAUUUCCUGGCCGUUUGUGCUGCUCAUUAUGCCCCUGGUGGUCUGGGUCUACAGCACAGACACUAACUUUAGCGAUAUGUUCUGGUCUUGACUGACAGCGCUACAUACAGAAGAUGUUUAACUUAAUCAAUUAAUUUUUUUAUUGUUUAAAGCAACUGUCUAUUUCUGCUGAAUUUUCACAUGAACAUAUUGGCUGGUGAAGGAGGUUUCAUAUUCUAGAUUUUGUUUUGCUUUUUCUGACUCCAGUGGGACAAGAUUUUCAUUUUUUUAUACACAUAAUUAAAGUGUCCAUUGACAUGUACAGAGAACUAACACUAUUUUAUGCAGAUAUUUUUUUGUAGAUGAAAAAGCAUGUACAGUGUUCUGUUUAAUACUCAUACUUGUACAAAGAUAGUUGAGCCAGCAGACAUUGUCAGCAAAUUAAUUGGCAGCAGACUUUAGGAAAUGAAUGUGUGUGGUUUUUAAAAGGAGAAAAAAAAAAAAAAACUAAAUAGCAUGUAUUGUGUCUUUUGCAUGAUUCUCUGGAUUUAAUUUGGUAUCACAGUCUAAUUUUUAUUCAUAAGCCAAUUUUUCUGCACUGAGCAGAGUCCUGCUACCUCAGUCAGUAUUUUUGGUUUGCCACUUCCUGCACCCUCAGCCUCUGUCACCCCCCAGCCCACCCCGCUCGGCUUCUUCUGUAGGUCUGAUGGUUCUGUUUACAUCCGUCUUCACAAGAGGUUUGCCUGUUCUCGCUUGUGCAGAAAACAUUGCUCCAGAUUCAAUCGACUGGGUUUCUGUCCCUCGCCUAGUUUUUAAGGUUAUUUAUUUAAAUGUCUAAUGUAUUUUAUUGUAACAGACAUUGUUUUGCCAACAUUGCCUCUUCAGUGGCACUUCACAAUCUAGUUUAAAAGAAAAAUAAAACAUUUUAAAUGGA